CCAUGAGGGCAAGCCUCUCCGAGUACAUCUUAAUUUCUCCCUAGCUUUGCUUAUAGUUCCUGUAUUAAUUUUUCUCUCCCUGAGAUUACCAAGCUCUGCAACUUUGCUUCUCAACAUGGAGUAUCGUCUCCUACCCAUUUUUACUUUACUCAAUCUUGCACUGGUGGCAAUCCAUGCUGCUUUACCUCCUGAAGUUUACUGGAAGUCGGUGCUUCCUACUACGCCAAUGCCAAAAGCCAUCACUGAUAUCCUUUACCCCGAUUGGGUGGAAGAGAAAAGUACCUCAGUGAAUGUUGGAGGCAAGGGCGUAAACGUGCAUGCAGGAAAAGGAGGAGGUGGCACCAAUGUCAACGUUGGUGGAAAAGGAUCAGGCGGAGGCGUGAACGUGCAUGCAGGUCACAAGGGAAAGCCAGUGCAUGUUUCUGUUGGCUCAAAGUCUCCAUUCAAUUACAUCUACGCUUCAACGGAGACUCAAUUACACGAUGACCCCAACGUCGCACUCUUCUUCUUGGAAAAGGACUUGCAUCCCGGAACAAAGUUGAACUUGCACUUCACCACCAGUUCCAAUAUUCAAGCCACAUUCUUGCCACGCCAAGUUGCGGAUUCUAUACCCUUUUCAUCCAGCAAGGUGGAGGUUGUAUUCAACAAGUUUUCCGUAAAACCCGGGUCAGAGGAGGCCCAGAUCAUGAAGAAUACUCUCAGUGAGUGUGAAGAGGGUGGCAUCAAAGGAGAGGAAAAGUACUGUGCCACUUCGCUUGAAUCCAUGAUUGAUUUCAGCACUUCCAAGCUUGGAAAAAAUGUUGAGGUUGUGUCCACGGAAGUAGUGGAGGACAAGGAAACGGGAUUGCAGAAAUACACCGUAGCACCGGGAGUGAACAAGUUAUCAGGGGACAAGGCUGUUGUGUGCCACAAGCAGAACUACCCUUAUGCUGUUUUUUACUGUCACAAAACUGAGACCACAAGAGCUUACUCUGUGCCUUUGGAGGGUGCUAAUGGGGUUAGGGUUAAAGCGGUAGCAGUGUGCCACACUCACACGUCGGAAUGGAACCCUAAACAUUUGGCCUUUCAAGUGCUCAAAGUUAAGCCAGGAACCGUUCCUGUCUGCCACUUCCUACCUGAGGAUCAUGUUGUUUGGGUUCCCAAGUAGAUUUGCUUUAAUUUCAAGUCCUUCUUUCCUGUUCUUGAAUAACUUAGCUUCAGUAGCACUACAGAACUCUAUAUAUAUGCAUGUAUUUGCACUGUGUAGUUCUCUAGAUAUUAAUAAUUUUUUGCUGUUUAUUUAGAUGCUAUGCGUGGCUUCUUAUGUAUAAACUAUGAUGCAUUAUAUGACUUAUUGUGUGUUUGAAUAGUAAA